UUAAACGAAGAAAUGGGCACCUUAGAUGUUUUUUGUACCUUUCUUUUGUGCAUGCACUGGCUUUUCCUUAUUAAAUAAUUGUGUUUUAUUUGUUUUACAGAAGAUUCUUCUCAGGUUUUCUUUGUUUUAGUUUAUGUAAUUUCAAAACAUUCCUUUGGUUCGAUGUCUGCCCCUACAUUUUUAAAAGUGAUUAUUUUUGGUUCGUUAAUUUUUUUUAUUACAUUUUUAAUUUACUGUUCUAGUUCGACACUAUACUCAAUAGAUUUUUUUAAAAGUGGUUGUAACUUUGUGUUGAAAGUUUCAUUAUAUUCUUUUAGAAAGAUUAGUGCGAGCAAAGGAUAAAAAUUGUUUUAGAAAAAAAAAAAAAUCCCAGCAAAUUUGUCCAUGGAAGAUUAUAUUCUGUUGAGCUAUGGCCGAUGAACUAUUAGAUGUGAAUAUGGCGUUUAGGAAUUUGAAAUCCAAAUUUAGAAAGCGAAAGGUGAGUGUGGGGCUUAACUUAGGAAGCAUCACAAAUAUUGCAAAUCUCAGUGUUUGCUUUUUCUUGUGGUGUUCGCCUUAGCGUUAGUGGACCAUUUGCUUCCAAAUAUGCGAUUCUUCUCCGAUUUUCCCUUCCCAUUCUUUUCUCAUAUUCCCUUUUCCAUCUCUACAAAUCUCCCAUUGCUUCUGUCCACCAUUGAAUCAAACCCUUUUCUUCUUUCUCCCAAUGCAUUUCCAUAUCUUCUAGCAUUGUACCCAGACUUCGAAUUCCAGCAACUUCUCAGAUAUGGGGUCGCCUGAACUUACGGAUUGGGUGUUCGAUUACGGUGUGAUUGAGAACAUUCCUGUCCCCGGUGGUGACCUGCCUUCACUGGAUCUUCCCUCUUUCACUUUGCCUUCUUGCGAUUUCACUGCCUCCUUCAGGGAAGACUUUGAUGAGCCACUUGGAAUGGAAGAAGAUGUAAAAGAAUCUAGGUCCAGGAAAAGGAUGAGCUCUGGAUCAUCAAAUGCAUUCGAGUCCAAGGCACGUAAAGAGAAAAUACGGAGGGAUAAACUAAACGACAGGUUUCUGGAAUUGAAUUCCAUCCUCAAUCAUGGAAGGCCUCCCAAAAUUGAUAAGUCUGCUAUUUUGGGUGAUGCAGUUCGAAUGAUUAUACAGCUAAGGGAUGAGGCUCAGAAACUCAAGGAGUCUAAUGAAAGUUCUUUGGAGAAAAUUAAUGAAAUGAAGGCUGAAAAGAAUGAACUACGAGAUGAAAAACAAAGGUUGAAAGAAGCAAAAGAUAGCCUUGAAAAGAAAAUGAAGGGCUUUAAUACACAACCAACCUUCUUGCCUCACCCUCCAGCAAUUCCUGCUGGAUUUUCUUCUCCAAAUCAGAUUGUUGGGGGGAAAUUGGUACCUGUGAUUGGAUAUCCAGGAGUAUCCAUGUGGCAGUUUAUGCCUCCGGGAGCCAUUGAUACAUCGCAAGACCACGUUCUUCGGCCACCAGUCGCCUGAGCCGGAAAAUUCUGUUAACCGGCUUUGCUUCUGUAUGAGAGAAUCCUAUGUUGAUUUUUAUGUAGGCUGACUCAGUUAUAUUGUCUGUUAGAUUCUCAAGAUUGAAUUGGCUGAAUAUCUGUUAUGUUAGAGAAGUUGUUGCUGAUCUAAAUUCAUGGAAGCUCUUAUACAGUAACCACAUUCACCAAUUCUGAAAUCUCAUUUACUUUCUUCA